CCUUUGGAAAUGGAAAGAGUCACGAAGCAACGAAACCCGUAAGGGACGAAAUUAGGAAACAACCACCUAGGUCAGUCUCAAGAGAGGCCACUCGUGAAUCAGAUCGGUCAGUGAGUCCCCCAAACCGCACUAAGCCCGUUGCGAAACAAACAAAACGCACUGCGGUUCGCAACGAGAGUGAUCGCUCCUCACGUUCCCGUUCUCGUUCGAGAUCUCGCUCGACCAAACGGCGUACGGAUUCUUCAGCUUCCCCAGCGAAAAAGGUGGAAUCAUUGAGACGCCGGGCCUCUCCUGAAGCUAAUAACGUUAAUGACAAAUUGAGCGCGGUCGUCCAAGCUCCUUCGCCGCACCGAUCGUCCAGCAAAUCGAAAGCAACGGAGGAAUCUGCACCGAAAACGGGACAAUCUUCCAGGCAUGCACCGUCACGAUCGCCCGACUCUAAGAGACGUCGCACGGAACGUGAUGCUGGUCAAUCACGAGACGCACCAGCACACAAGACAGUGCGCAGUGAUCGUAAUGAGGCUGAUAAUACUAAAGCAAACAAAGAUGCUGAACCAAGGCGACAUAAAUCACGCAGCCCCGAGAGAAGAAGACAGGACGCACCCAGUACCAUGGUGCCUUCCGUACCGGUCGCUGUGGAUAGUGAAUCAAAAAGAUCCAAAUCGAAAAAGUCUUCUACAUCAUCGGCUUCGACCAGCGCAACGACGAUCAUUCAGCAACCGGUCGUGAAGUUACACUCGCCGGUAACAUCACAAUCUUCCGCAAGAUCGAAUGGUGAAGAAAGUGAUCCCGAUCGCACCAACGAUGAUCGAGACAAUCUCGACGCUUUCCUACCGACCUACGACGAAAACCGCGAACAGGAGAAAGAUCUUUCGCUGUUGAAGGCACUGAAGCACGAUCUGGCUGCCAAAGCUAAGCAGAGUCUAGAGAAGAAGAAAAGUGUUUCUGAAAGCGCUACUGGCAGUAGUAGUGUGAAAGUCUCACAGACUACCGGUACAAAAAUCAGCGAUACUACAGCGACAGCUCCCAUCGUCGAGGUGCGCGUCGGGGAAACACGAGAAAGAGAAUUGCUGCAAACUAAACAACCGCAGCUCGGGCUGGCGACUGUUUCGGUUGGAAAUACUCUGAUGGAAACGUCUGUCUCAGGCAUCAAUCUUCAGCAGUCUCCUCCAAAGCCGUCGGUCGCUUCGGAACGCGACUUGAAAAGCAGCAGUAGUUCACAAAUUAAGAAAGAAAUACACGAUAUUAUAAGCACUGUUGGUGCAUGUGCUGUUGCUGAUGGAUCGGAAGGAACAGGCAGCAGCUUAUCGAAGACAUCCAUUCUUCACGCUGUGGACAGUAUUCUGAAGGAAAAGAUAUCCGGUAAAGCCGCGAGCUCGGUUACCAGUAGUACCACCACCAAAAGACGAUCCAAAGCCAGGGGUAGCCGUUCGAAAUCUCGCUCUCGUUCGCGCUCGCAAAAAUCGCGUAGCUACAGCAGCUCCAGCAGUGACACCGGCAGUUCUCGUUCGCGCAGUCGAUCAUCCUCAUCUCACAGCGCCAGCUCGUCAGAGCAUGCCAGCAGUCGUUCGAGAAGCCGCUCGAGCAGCCAUUCGUCACAUUCGACUGCUGGCCGGUCGCGCACUGGUUCGCGCUCCCCAUCAAUACCGCGCCGAGCCGGGUCACCUUCAUUUCUCGAUCGGCGUCGCAUCACUAGAGCUUCACGGUCCCGAUCACGUUCCCGAAACGCUUCGCGGUCACGAGACGCCCGCCAUGUAAAACGAAACCAUAGGAGAGGAAAAGGUUCCCGUUCUCGCUCGUCAUCUUCGUCCUCAUCGUCGCGUACCUCUCGUUCGCGUGGCUCACGAACGCGGGACAACAGACAACGGCGCGAACGUCGCCGAGAUGGCCGGUCACGAUCAGGCGACAAAAGAUCUCCGCCUCGCAGCAGGACUUCAUCGUCGCGCAGAGAAACACAGCGCCGCCGGUGAUCACCUACCGGGCUUGGGGCAUUCUCUUAAUUUCAGACAGCUUCGGCCUGAGAUGAUGGCCGAACAUUCUAAUUUGAUGUCCGCUGAUAGAAACGUGUUUAGCUUUUACGUAGCCAUAAAUUACGUACACAAAAUAGUUGUAUUACUCCGCCAAUGACCGUCAUCUAUUGUAUAGCAAAAGGUGUCUACAAUCGUUACGGGACAGAUGCAGCCAUGCCCUUCCUAUUAAACUACACCUUUUUAUACGCUGUAAUGAGUUUCUUUGUUUUCUUAAUAUACUUCACUAGGAUACAUUAUCAUUUGAAGAA